UGAAAAACAGAAGAACAAAAAAAGGGAAAAAUAAAAAAGCGAAACCCUCAAAAUCGCCCAAAACCUAAAACCCCCGAUACACGAAAUCGAAAUGGAUGAUGAAGUAGAGAAAGAGGGAAAGAGAAAAAAGGCGACGAUGGAGGGUGUUGCGUCACUAGCACUUUUGCCCAACGGCUCUAUUUCCGGCCACUUUAUUCAUCUUCCCCACUCCAUUUGCUAUGGCCUCCAUGGAACUGAGCUCGAGUGUGAGAGGGAGUGCAGCCAUGGCGAAGACUACCGGUUGAUCAAGCUCAGUAUAACAGAUUAUAACAGUAAGAAAGAAAGAAACGUUGUGGUCGAGUGCAGAGGGCACGAUGCUGCCAAGAUAUGUAACACUGAUCAUGCCCACGGGUGGCAAAAGGAUGUAGUCGGUAUGGUUGAAGAGAAGAAGCAUGAGAAAUGCAAGGUUUCGGUUACGUUCGAAUGUGAAACGUUGAAAUCUGAUAAAGCAGCCGAGGACCAUCUCAGCAAAUUCAUGCCCAAGUUAGUCGGCAUGGAUGCUGUCGUUAAUAUUGGCCCCAUGACUAUCACUGGGUUGGAUUUUGAUGCAGAAACCGAACACGAGUGCACCGAGCAGAACGAUUGACAGCAAAAACCCGAUUUCUGGUUUCUGUUUGAAUGUUACAUGUAUGUAUACAUAUGAUCAUUUAUUCAUUUAUGAUUAUUACGAGACGUAUAAUCGAUAGUACUUUUUGAAC